AUGGCUUCUAGCUUUCCCGUGCGCCGUGUGUCGGCCAUGAUUGCCAGACGGCAACCCCGGGUAAUCAGCACCACCAGACGCCUCAAUUCUUCCUCCUCAGUCCAGACGCAAAACCCCGCUUAUCCCCUCUAUCCCUCCGUCCAAGUGCUCCUCCAUGAAAAGGGCAUCCCAGAAUCCGAAAUCUCCAAGAUUCCCGCCUCCGGUCCGAAGGGCCGUCUCCUCAAGGGCGAUGUCCUCGCCUAUAUUGGCGCCAUUCCCACCGACUACCCAUCCAGCCAAGCCUCCCGCAUCGAAAAGCUCUCCCACCUCGACCUAAGCAACAUUAAGAUCGCAGCUCCCCCGCAACCCGCCGAGACCAAGGCCCCAGUUGUCGAGGAACCCAGCGCUAGACCCCCACCCACAGUCUCAGUAGCCGUCUCCAUCUCCCUUGCUACUGUGCUCUCCGUCCAGAAGAAGAUCAAGGAUUCGAUCGGCGUCACCGUGCCGCUAUCCACUUUCCUUGCUCGUGCCACCGACCUGGCGAACGACGACCUCCCCCGUUCCUCCCGCACCAAGCCCUCCGCAGACGAGCUCUUUGAUGAGAUCCUCGGCGCUGAGCCCGUCAAGACAUCCCGGGGCGAUUAUAUUCCCGAGCUGAAUGCCCUGGAGGCAGCUGAAUAUCAGCCCCCUCAGCCCGACAAGGAAGACAUCAUCGAUAUCCUCAGCGGCAAGGCUCCGAAGAAGGCGCCGCAUAAGGCAUUCAUGGAGGAAUACCCCGCCGGCUCUGCCGCGAAUGUGUUUAGUUUGACCGUUCCUGUUGGUGAUGAGACGAGGGCUAGGGUUUUCUUGGACCGGGUGAAGACCCUGUUGACAGUUGAGCCUGGAAGGCUUGUCCUAUAG